CGGGAUCUGCAGAUCCAGUUGAAGACACAACAGUGAGUGAAACCUAAAGCCAAGAAGAUGAAGGCGUUGGGAUGGUGGUUAAUGCAGGUGGGUUCACUUCGAUUAGCCUCCGUUUGGUUCGGCUUCUUCGACAUUUGGGCUCUUCGUCUCGCCGUUUUCGCCAACACCUCCAUGACUGAAGUUCAUGGGAGAACGUUUGGAGUUUGGACGCUUUUGACUUGUACCCUCUGCUUCGUAUGUGCAUUCAACUUAGAAAAUAAGCCACUAUACUUGGUGACAUUUUUGUCAUUCGUCUAUGCCUUUGGCCACUUUUUGACUGAAUACCUCUUCUAUCACACAAUGGUCCUAUCAAAUUUGUCAACUGUAGGCAUAUUUGCAGGGACUUCAAUUAUAUGGAUGCUUUUACAGUGGAAUGCUCAUCAACAAAGGCAUGUCAAGCAUACCUGAAAUUGAACUUAUAUUUGUUUUCACUUUAGUACAACGUUGAGAGGGACAGGGACAUAUUGACAUUGAUUUUGUUCUCAAUCCGUUCCAACUGAUAAAAGGCUGUUUAAAACUAACCUCAUAAAGGAAUUUGAGUAAAAAGACUUCGAUCAUGGUAUUUUGGAA